AUGGCGUUGGCGGCUCUGGCUGCGGUGGAGCCGACCUGCGCCGUCGGGUACCAGCAGUUGCAGAAUGUGGAAGAGCCUGCACAGCUGGAACAGGCUGCAUGUGAUGCUCCUCCUCCUUACAGCAGCAUCUCCCCAGAGAGUGCAGUAGUGUAUUUUGACUACAAAGACGAGUCUGGGUAUCCAAAGCCCCCAUCUUACAAUGUGGCUACCACACUGCCCAGCUAUGAUGAAGCUGAGAGAACCAAAGCUGAAGCUACUGUUCCUUUGGUUCCUGGAAGAGAUGAGGAUUUUGUGGGUCGGGAUGAUUUUGAUGAUGCUGACCAGCUGAGGAUAGGAAACGAUGGGAUUUUUAUGUUAACUUUUUUCAUGGCAUUCCUCUUUAACUGGAUUGGGUUUUUCCUGUCUUUUUGCCUGACCACUUCAGCGGCAGGAAGGUAUGGGGCCAUUUCAGGAUUUGGUCUCUCCCUAAUUAAGUGGAUCUUGAUUGUCAGGUUUUCCACUUAUUUCCCUGGAUACUUUGAUGGUCAGUAUUGGCUCUGGUGGGUGUUCCUGGUUUUAGGCUUCCUCCUGUUUCUCAGAGGAUUUAUCAAUUAUGCAAAGGUUCGGCAGAUGCCAGAAACUUUCUCAAAUCUCCCCAGGACCAGAGUUCUCUUUAUUUAUUAA